AUGGAUUCUUCUGCUUCUUCUUCUUCCUACUACUCUUCUUCCUAUUCCUCGUCGUCUUCUAGGUAUUCUUCGUCCGAUUCCGAGUCGCUGUCCUCGACAUACUUCUACUCGCACUUUUCCCUCGCCGAUUCGUUUUCUCAUCCUCAUCUUCAUCCUCUUCCUCACUCCUCUCCUACCUCCAAGGGACAAGACAAACCACAAGAGGUCAAACCUACAUACCAACCUCCUUCAAUUCCAACCACCGAAAACACAAUGGCCGACUCUUCCUCCCCAGGCCCUACUCCCACAUCUACAUCCACCCCAAAACCACCCUCCAAACCCCCAUCCCCUACUCCGUCUGCCGCUGCAGCAGCUACACCUACCUCAAUUCCUAAACCACCCUCUCCCACUAACACUCCCCUCCCCACCAGCAACCCCACACUCGGCAACCGCCGCAACAACCGCGCCGAAGAAGAAGCCGCCAGUGCUGCCGCUGCUGUCCUCCCCAACGAAGGCAUGAAGGCCCCCGGCGUGACGGCCAACCAGGAUGAGAAAUCCAACCUCAAGAUCAGCAUCCAUUUGAACUUGCGUGCCAAGGUGAAGUUGGAUUUGGAUGCGCAGUUGUAUGGUGAUAUCGUUAUUGGGUUGUUGUAA